AUGGUGGCGUUCACCCCAGUGGAGGAUUUUGAAAACGUGGAAGGCUUGAUUUCCUACCAGAAGUUCUUGAAAGCCUUGGAAGUGAAAUUUCUGGCGGAGGUUGAAGCGUCGAGGCGGAGGGGCGCCAGCGCGGGAGAUGAUGGCCCGCGUGGAAGCGGGAUGAAUGCGCCAGCAGUGGUGCCGGGUGCUGUGGCAGACGCAGAGGUACACAAGUCAUCAAAUCUAGCUUUUCAUCGUACCCCCCAUGUUUGUUCUCGCAAGCAAGUGUGAUGAAUGCGUGUUUACAUGUAGUCGUGGUGCUGAUGUAGCCAGAAUGACAACGACAACCACAACUGACAUGAAUGAUGCAGGUGGUGCCACACCCACAUCAACAAGCGGUAGAACAAGCAUCUGCAACUGGAACCGCAGCUGACCAGCCCGAUGAAAUAAAUGCAGUAUCCUCAAUGUACGACAACACCCUGGAAACCCUUCUCCAACUCUACGAAAACGAGCUCUCCGACACGGCCAAAUCUCUUCACUCCAUCCGCGAGCAAUUUCUCUCCAAACAGAAAACCAACACGAGGAACCAAGUGAAAAAAUGGUUGGUGAAAUCAAAGAGGUUCACGAAAAACGAGAUUUUGCUCACGAUGACGAAGCUGGAAGCGAUGAAAAUUCCCUACAACGAGGAUAUAAUCCGGCACUAUUUGGAAAUCCGGGCGUUGGCGGUGAAUGCGUUUAACAAGAAAAAUGCUCUGGGAGUAGGUGCUACUAGCGGCGCAGGACGAGCUUCGGCGAGGGAGGCGACGGAGGGGAGGUUGCUGCAACUGGGAAAUGUGGUGAUUGAGGUAUAAUGGUUUUGGCAACUCCCUAUGAAUGACUUCCAUACAACUUGCGCAUGCGUCGACUGAUGCACUACACGUUGAUGCAGCUCUUGCUCUGCACAUCACGAUGACGAAAACAAAAUCCAAAUUUGCUAUAAAAUGGAUUCUACUACAACUCUAUAUCAGGUCUGUGACGCGUACCACAGAAAAACGAGUGGUCAGCAGAAGCAAGAUGAUAGCUCCCCAAGUUCAGCCGCCCCGUGGGGCAAGUUUCAACAUGGACAGCAUUCAGUGGGCGGUGCAACAGGCGGUAGUACUACACAAAAUACAGGCAUGCCCUUUGGGUUCGCAACCGUAGUAGCGGCGGCCGCUACACAUCAGAAACAAGACCAGCAGAACAAUGCGAACAAACAGGAACCACAACUUGCUUUUGACUCCCUGCUUCGUAGCAAUUUGCUGCAGGUUGAGUACGAAUACGGAGCGGUUAGUAGUGCCGAACAUAAUUCCGGUGACGAGAGCCCUACUAGCCCGCAAAACGAAAACAAGAACCACUACAACGAGCAUCAUCUCAAAAUCCGCAAAAUUCUCGUGCCGGUUUGGUUGUUGAAAGAGGUUCUGACCACCCAGGAGAUCUACCUGUUCUCGAAAACGCAGAUCCACACGAUACUCUGCUUGCUGCCGAUUGCAAGCGAACUUCCUUCGCAAGAACAGCAGAGUAAGUUGCGUACAAGCAGCACAACCGGAAGCGGAAGUUCGACGCUCGGAUACGCGGAUAUUUUGCAAUUUCUCUUCCUCACCGAGAUUUGCGCAGAAGAAUUCUUCACUUUGAACAGCCAAGGACAGCUGCAGUUUUCCACUUCGAAUGGUAACAAGCGGUUUGCGAUGCACAACGACAGUCAACAGAGUGGUCCCAACAAGGCGGUAUCGAUCAACGCGCCGUUGAUUAGGUCCACAGCGGUGGGGAACGCGAUGGCGAACGGAGAGGGUGCGACGUCGAAUAACGGCGCAAAUGGAGGGAUGACGUCGAGUGGUAAUGCCGCGAUCAUGAGUCAACCAGUCGUGCAGAACGUCCAAUUAACCGAGCAGAAGCAGCAACAGGAGAUUCUGGAACGGGACAUCUUGCAAUUGAACUUCAACAAGAAAUUUAUCGACAUUGAAACCUUGCUGCAACUUCGGGAACAGUUGGAAGCCUGUUUUAUUUCGAUGGGAACCACCAGCGAUGGUGGUGGUACGUCAACUACCGCCGGGCUCAUCUCGCAAGAAAAGCAGAAACUGUUAGCCAAAGCGGAGGUGCGGGGCUUCAUCGCACAGGCGCCGUUUUACAGUGUGCUGUCGGAAGAACAGAGCGGGGCCGCGGGGAUUUCUAAUACAGUUGUACCGCAAGAUAUCCAGGAAAAAAAGUGUGUAAAAAGUGUAACUUUGUAGGAAGAGCAGCUUUGUUGCUGCAUCACAAAUUAUCUUUGCAUUACAGAAAAAACCUGUCAUGCGCAGCUAGUAUGUGAAAACACGUAUGAAACACGGCUAUGAAGAUGCACUUCCAGCAUGACAAGUGUAUACUGUUUUGCAGUUUCUGCAUCACAGAUUGACACUUACACAGUUUUUCUCUUGCAUACAAGAUCAGAAGGACAUGGAGAUUCUCUGGGCCGAUUUUGUCAAAGAGGAGUUGCAACGGUUGUGGGAGUUUCGACAAAGUUCCUGCUUCGCAGAAUACGAAUUUGUGGCGCAGAUGGCAACAUCCUCGGGUGUGUUGCUGAACGUGGAUACAAGUGGCAGCGAUGACGUUGACGAACAAAGCAACUGCUUGUGGAAGAGGAUACAGGAGAAGAUAAACGCCCCUUCGUCAUCGACGUCUUCUAGCCCACUAAGCUACACAGAUUUCGUCUCCCAAAGCCUCUUCCACAGCAAGAACAUCUUCAAGGGCGGUAGCAAAAUCGGGGAAGGAGCUGCGGGACAGGAACACGACGGUGAACAAGGAACAAAAAUCACACAACGAUAUCAGGAGAACAAACUCGCCGAUCUUUACAACACGUUUCUCGCCUUGGCGCCGUCUUUGGCGAAAACAAAUCCAAGAGGAGGUGAGGACGAUCAUUACGCCUCGUCGCCGGAGCACGGUGGAAUAGCAGAUCCAUUUGCGCUAUCAAAUGCAAAAACGUCUGGGUCUGGAAGAAUGCAACUUGUGAUGCUGCGUUUGGAUGUCUAAAAAAUUUGUGUUGCAUGAGCAGCAAAAGGAUUCUAAUUUUUGCUACGCGGAGAGGGUUUUUGUCAUGCAGAAUAGGCAUCAAGAAUCCCUCAUAAAACCUGUGAUGCUAGGGCAUGCAUCACAGACAUCAUGUCUCAUGCAAACCGUGCAUGAUAAGGCUCAGAAUCUUCCAGACCCAGACACCUUUGCAUUUGAUAUGCGCAGCGGUUUCUCAACAAGAACGGCUCUACUGCGCUGAGUCAGAGCGAGUUCAUGCAGAACGGCAUGACAAACCCCAAUGCUGGAACUACGAGAAGGAUGUCGAUUGGCGCGGGCCAGCGGCGAGGCAGUCUGCUAGGUGGGAAAAACAACAACAAUUUGACGCAGGACCAUGACGAUCUCCUGUUAGACGCAGCUUCUACUUCCGGUACCGCAACAAACACAACCGCGACUGGUGGGCAACGGCGGGGGUCUAUGGGAAUGUUGGACCAGGGAAGAAGGGUGAGCGUUGGCGGGGUGAAUAAUUCCCUGUCGUUGAUGCAGGGUGGAGGUGGAGCUGCUGGUGGGCAGCACGGGCAGCAGCAGUUUCAGAAUGGAGGUGGUCGAAGACAGUCGGCCGGUUUGAUUUCGACGGCCAGGAGAGGGUCAAUGCACUCGUGAGAAGUAAGUUGCGCGACGUAGUAGAACGUAGUUUGAACUACAACAUUUGAAUUUAUUGACGUGCAAAAAGAUUAAAAUCAAAAGAAAAUGACUAGUGUAGGAUAUGAAUAGGUUUUUAGUAUUAAGUUGAGAGAGUGAAGACAGUGACCACAACAUUUGAUUUGCUGUAGGAGAAGUAGUUGCGUCGCCAUUGCUAGUGUUUACCUGUAUAAUUUGAAACAUAUUUUUCGCUGCAAAAGCUCCACAUCCGAAAUUACAUACCACAUCAAUUGACCAGUAGGCCAGAUUGUGGAUCCGAGCGUCAUUUUGCUCGUUGUUCUGGUCCAUGUUUCGAAACUCAAGCAAAAAAGUGGCAGCAAAUUUUGAGGCUGUCUUGGACUGCUGUAUCCGGUAUAGCCAGCUACAACUUACGGACUUGAACUUGAAGCGAU